AUGGAAAAGUUGUUGGGGUUGCUCCGGUUGCGGGUGGUCAGAGGGAUCAACCUCGCCUACCGCGAUGCCACCGGCAGUGACCCCUAUGUCGUCGUUCGCAUGAGCAAUCAGAAAUUGAAGACUAGUGUAAAGAAGAACAAUGUCAAUCCAGUUUGGAACGAAGAUUUAACGCUUACGGUUUCAGAUCCACUCCAACCCAUCAAACUCAAGGUCUAUGACAAGGAUACAUUCAGUCGCGAUGAUAAAAUGGGCGAUGCAGAGAUCGAUAUCGAGCCAUUUCUGGAAGCAGUGAGGAUGAACUUAUCAGGGCUCAUGAACGACACCAUAAUAAGAGCAUUGUGCCCCAACAGACACAAUUGUUUUGCGGAGGAGAGCACCAUUGUUUGGAGAGAUGGAAAGAUUGUGCAAGACAUUGUUGUGAGGUUGAGGAACGUGGAGAGUGGUGAGUUGGAGCUGCAACUGGCGUGGAUUAGCUUCCCAGAUACUUUUGCCUUUUAG